UCUUCCACUCCAAACUAUUCAGAUGAUGAAUCUCUCUCUGAAGAGGAACUGGAAAAGCUAAAGGAACAGGUAGAAGAAAAGAAAAAGCUCAUAUCUAUCAUACGAAACAAACCCUGGUGCAUGGCAAAGAGAUUAACUGUGCUAAGGGAGACUCAAGAUUUUGUAGAAAAAUUUGAAGGUGCUUUGGGAAAGGGAAAAGGAAAAAAGUUAUAUGCAUAUAAGAUGAUGUUGACAAAGAAAUGGGUCAAGUUUAGGAGAGAUUUUGAUAAUUUUAAGACACAAUGUAUACCUUGGGAAAUGAAGAUAAAAGAAGUUGAAAGUCAUUUUGGUUCUUCAGUGGCAUCUUAUUUCAUAUUUCUGCGAUGGAUGUAUGGCCUAAACCUGGUUCUGUUUGGCUUAAUAUUUGGACUAGUUAUAAUUCCAGAGAUUUUAAUGGGUAUGCCAUAUGGGAGAAUACCUAGAAAAACUGUACCCAGGGCUGAACAACCCACUGCUAUGGAUUUCUCUGUUCUUUGGGAUUUUGAGGGUUAUAUUAAAUAUUCAGCAAUUUUCUAUGGCUACUACAACAAUCAAAGAACAAUUGGUUGGUUAAAGUACAGACUACCAAUGGCAUAUUUCAUGGUUGGUGUCAUCGGCGUGUAUGGCUAUAGCCUGAUGGUUGUAAUAAGAUCGAUGGCCCGAAAUGCCCAUGAAGACACAGGGGAUGGAGAUGAUGAGAACUUCAUUUUUAGCUGGAAAAUGUUCACUAGCUGGGACUACCUUAUAGGCAAUCCAGAGACAGCAGAUAACAAGUUUGCAUCCAUCACAACUAGCUUCAAGGAGUCAAUUGUGGAUGAGCAAGAAAGCAACAAAGAUGAAAACAUCCAUCUAAGAAGAUUUCUGAGGAUUCUGGCCAAUGUACUUAUAAUAUGCUGCUUAUGUGGCAGUGGCUACCUCAUUUACUUUGUUGUGAAACGAUCCCAGGCCUUUUCAAAAAUGCAAAACAUAGGCUGGUAUGAAAGAAAUGAAGUUGAAAUUGUUAUGUCACUACUUGGAAUGUUUUGCCCUCCACUGUUUGAAACUAUUGCAGCCUUAGAAGAUUAUCAUCCUCGUAUUGGGCUGAAAUGGCAACUGGGACGCAUUUUUGCACUUUUCCUGGGGAAUCUAUAUACAUUCUUACUGGCCUUAAUGGAUGAUGUCAAGGAAAAGCUGACUGAAGAAGGUGUGAUCAGGAAUAUCACAUAUUGGACUGUCCUAACCUUCCAUAAUUCAUCUUCAAGGAAUGGAAGUGCUCUUAUUCCACCUCCAAUGGAUCCAGCUGAUGUGCCUCGAGGACCUUGCUGGGAAACAACUGUGGGGAUAGAAUUUGUGAGGCUUACAGUAUCUGAUAUUCUUGUGACAUUUGUAAUGAUCCUAGUGGGAGAUUUUCUUCGCGCUUGUUUUGUCAGAUUCAUAAACUACUGCUGGUGCUGGGAUCUUGAGGCUGGAUUUCCUUCAUAUGGAGAGUUUGAUAUUAGUGGUAAUGUGUUAGGUUUGGUCUUCAAUCAAGGAAUGAUCUGGAUGGGAUCCUUUUAUGCCCCAGGACUUGUGGGGAUCAACGUAUUACGUUUAUUAAUCUCCAUGUAUUUCCAGACCUGGGCUGUUAUGAGCAGCAAUGUCCCCCAUGAACGAGUGUUCAAAGCUUCUAAAUCCAAUAAUUUUUACAUGGGACUCUUGCUGUUGAUUUUGUUCCUAAGCGUGUUACCAGUUGCAUAUACCAUUAUGUCUCUGCCUCCUUCCUUUGACUGUGGACCAUUCAGUGGAAAAAAGAAAAUGUAUGAUGUCAUCCAAGAGACCAUCAAAUAUGAUUUCCCACCUAUUGCAGCCAAAGUCUUAGGUUAUUUGGCAAAUCCAGGACUAAUUAUAACUGCAGUGUUGCUUAUGAUUCUUGCCAUAUAUUAUCUGAAUGCUGUGGCUGAAGGAUACAAACAUUCCCAUGCAGAGCUGAAAAAGAAAAUGCAAAUGCAACGUGAAGAUGAUAAAAAUAAGAAUAAGCUUUCUACCAAUAUUGCAAUACAGGAACUAGAAGACUUGCCUAUUCCAUAUGCAAAAAACAUGGAAGGACCCAAUGCAACUAAAGAUAAGCCUGUGUCACCAAGCUAUAAAAUUCAUUCUUCAGAGAAAGAGACAUAG